AGCGCACACCUCCAACCCGCACUCUGCAUUCAGCAAUCGUUGAGAGCACACGUAACCCUAACUUAAAAAAAACCUUAUCAAUCAUGGUCGUGAAACUAUCACACUCUGCGCUGUGCGUGGACGUUUACCCCGCGCUCCAGAAGUGCCGCGGAAGACAAGUCGAUUGUGCGGCGGAAAGGCGACAGAAAUUGAGCGCUUUACCAGCCCUCGUCGAAGAUGAUUCCGAGACGUUUGAAACGGAAACGGAAAGAUCCUACAUCCUGCACACUGAAGGACUGCUGAGGAGGCAGAAAUCCGUUUCUCCGCAGCGAAGGGAGAAGAUGCGCCGACAACUUGCUCUACCGUCUCUGUCAGAAGAUGAAGAGCCUUGAGCGUUUGGAGGAAACAACUGGGAAUGGAGUUUAGACGCUGAGAAGCAGCUGGUCCUGUUUUCACGGUCCGCGAGAGGUUCGCCCAGUGAACCCUACGCCACUUUACUGCAAAAAAGUGAAUGCCAUGUGACGGAACCAUGGACAGUUUGGGAGUUACCAGCCUGUGGUAGUGUUUCUGUGCGGUUACAAGAUAAAUGUCAAAAUUAUAAACUGUGGAGUGAAACCAAUGUUGUAACUUGUAAUACCAAAGCGUUUUGCUACCGUUGUUUUUAUGUAUGUAGGUGUAAAGAUAAAUUGUAAGGCCAUCAUGAUAAUAAAUGUAGUGUUUUUGUAAUGAA